AUGCCGUCCUCCGCCGCUGCAGUCUUCGGUUGUGCCCUCCUUGCAUUUGCCCUCUGCUGCUCCGCACAGACAUACCCGCUCCCCUACUGCUCCGCCAACUCAUCGGUGGCCCCGAGCAACCCGUGGCUCAAGUCCACCUUUGACACCGAUGAAUACUCGCUUGCCCUCGUCCAGCUCAUCUUCCGCCACGGCGAUCGUGUGCCGGUUGUCGGCCUGCCUGGUGCCGGCAACGAGGCCGAAUGGACGUGCCAGCUGAGCAUGGUUGACAAGCCGGCGACUGGCUCGGCCGAUGAGGGCUACCUCGACGAGCCGCGCCUGUUCCGGUUCACCCAGCUCGAGAACCGCGGCGUCCUGCCCGGCAACUGCUCGCUCGGCCAGCUGACCGAGAAGGGUCACGUCCAGCACAACAUUAUCGGCUCGCACUUCCGCGAGCUCUACCACGACACCUACGGCUUUAUUCCGUCCGAGUACAACUCGCGCGACGUCUGGGUCCGUGCCAUCAACAUCCCGCGCUGCCGCCAGUCGGCCCAGUCCGAGAUCCAGGGCAUCUUCCCUAACGUCUACGAGCGCGGCCCGGUCUACGAGGCUGUUCCCAUCCACACCAUGGACCCCAACUACGAGAACAUGUCGCCGAACUUUGCCGCCUGCCCCAACCUCCUCAAGCGCAUCGCUGAGCAGCAGCAGUCGCAGGCCUGGGCCGACUUCCGCGCCGACACCAAGGGCCUCACUUCGCACAUCCUCUCGCUCCUCCACCUCGAGUCCGAAUCCGCCAUCGGCUCGACCCAGUACCCGUUCUUCAUCGGCUCGACCUUUGACCAGGUCGUCGAUGCCGGCACCUGGACCGUCAACCACUGGCUCUUCAACGAGACGAUGGCCUCCAUCUCGGUCGGUACCUUCUUUGGCGAGCUCCUCACUGCCAUGGAGGAUGUCAUGUCCGCCGGCUCUGCCUACGACGGCCCCAUCCUCCGCCUCUACGGCGGCCAGGACCUCACCAUCGGCCCGCUCCUCAACUGCCUUGGCGCCUACAACGGCGCAUGGCCGCCCUACGCCGCCCACCUCUCCAUGGAGCUCCUCGUCAACAACGCUGGCGACUACUUUGUCCACCUCCUCUACAACGGUGACGAGAUCGUCGUCCCGGGCUGUUCCGCCAUCUGCCCGUGGUCCAAGUUCAUCUCGCUCGUCGGCCACAAUGCCCUCACUCCGGCCCAGUACGCCACAAUGUGUGGUGCUGCUGGUCCCCAGGGCCCUUGGUCGCCCAUCAACGCCGCCAUGUACAUGUAG